AAGCGCCUUGAGGCGGCGGUUCCGUUGCUGCCGUUGGGGCUGUGAGGGCCGGCGGCGGGGAGAGGGCGAGAGGCGAGGCGAGGAGGGACGGGGUAGGCCCUGCCGUCCCCUCCGGCCCCUCUUGCCGCCUCCUCCUCCUCCUCCUCCUCCCCGGCGGGGCCGUCCUCCCGCGCCUCCGCCAUGCACCCCGUUUUCCAGAGCAGCCGGCGCGACUUCACCUUCGGGCCGUGGAAGCUGAGCGCCGCCCGGACGCACAUCAUGAAGUCGGCGCAGGCCGAGAGACUGGCUGAUGAAUUGCACAUGCCUUCCCUGCCAGAGAUGAUGUUUGGAGAUAAUAUCCUAAGAAUACAGCAUGAUCGUGGUUUUGGAAUUGAGUUCAAUGCAACAGAUGCUUUAAAAUGUGUCAAUAAUUGUCAAGGUAUGAUCAAAGUGGCUUGUGCAGAGGAGUGGCAAGAGAGCAGGAGUGAGACUGAGCACACUAAGGAAGUUGUCAAGCCUUAUGAUUGGACUUACACAACAGACUACAAAGGAACAUUGCUGGGAGAUACUGCAACAUUAAAGGUUGUUCCUACAACAGAACACAUAAAUACAGAGAAAUUGAAAGCCAGGGAACAAAUCAUGUUUUUUGAAGAAGUACUUCUGUUUGAAGAUGAACUUCAUGAUCAUGGAGUGUCAAGUUUGAGUGUAAAAAUAAGAGUUAUGCCUUCCAGCUUUUUUGUGCUGUUGAGGUUUUUCUUGCGAGUUGAUGGGGUACUUAUCAGGAUGAACGACACAAGGCUUCAUCAUGAGGCUGACAAGGCCUACAUGUUACGAGAAUAUACAUCCAGAGAAAGCAAAAUAUCAAGUUUAAAGCAUGUUCCACCUUCCCUGUUCACGGAACCUAACGAGAUCUCUCAGUAUCUACCCAUAAAGGAGACAAUCUGUGAAAAACUAGAAUUCCCAGAGAAGCUGGAGCCUAAACCAGAAGCAUCACUGGAAACCAUGUGCGUUAAGUCUAAAUAAAUGUGACUUUACAUGGACUUGAACUAGACUGGAGAUAAUGUGAUCACGUAACCAUUGCCAUGGGAGGUGGUUUCACUACUAGUGGAAUAAAGAAUUUGGCUAAUUUUUCUGUAGCCCCGAGAGGAAACAUUUCAAGCAGGUUUUGUUAAUGGUGUUUUUUGUUUGGUUGUUUGGGUUGGUUUGGUUUUUUUUUUUUGGUUUUGUUUUUUGUUGGUUUGUUUUGUUUUUUUUUUAACCUGUAUCUGGAGUUAAUGAUAAGCUGGUGGUUAGUUUUCAACAUCAUUGGAGAAAGACUCUCGCGAUGAAGACUCUGGGUUAUGUGUAGUUGACUGGUUAGGCAGGAGUAUUGUCUGGACCCUCCACCACAGAUGCUUCUAUGAAGAUUUUGUUAUUGCUGCUUCAGAUACUAAGAAACUACUGGAGUCAUAAAACUGGCAUGAUUUUGUUGAUAAAUCAUCCACUGAAAAAGGAAAAAAAAAAAGAGAGAUUUUCCUCUGCAUUUACUUUGAGCUGUCAGUCCUAAACUACACAUUUUGCUUGGCUUCCCCUACUGUGAGCAGAUAAACUACUAAGUUACUUUUUAGAUUCUCUGAUCCAGACUCUAACGUAAGAAUAUUCAUUUCAUCUGAGGAUAGGUUUAAGGAGGAAAAAAGAUAAUUUGUUUGAUAGUAUAUAAAGGUAAAAUUACCUUAUUUGUGAAGCAUUAACUCCAGAGAGGAGAAAAGCUGGAGGUUAACAGAGAUAGGCUGGUAAAUCUCUUCACAAAUACUAGUUUAAUCUGAUGGCCAGAUUUCUCUAGUCAGUCCUGGAUACUAUUAUUUGGGGUCUGUGUGUUGCUACAGUGAUGUACUGCAUUGGAAACGCUUUGUACUGUAUUGACGUUCUGCUGGACAUACCAGAUGGUGCCCAUGUGUGAUGGUUAUACUGCCCUGACAGUCAAAUUGCUAAAUUGCAGAGUAGCUUAAGGCUGAGGAAGAGAGGGGUGUUUAAUCCUUAAAGGAUGCUGGUAUUUGCAGUUUGAGAAACAAGAUCCUAUAUAGCCAUAAAAGGAUGCUAACAUGUAUUCCAGAUACAUUGUUUUGGUUUAUUUUUACAAUUCUUUAUGUUCUGCUAUUAAUAUGUGUGAUCAUGUGUAUAGUCAUGGUUUUAACUCAACACUUUGUAGAUUAAACUUUAAAUAUUUGUAUUGCUUUUGAAAAUCCUAAAUUAUGUUAAUGGUUUGGCCUAAGAAUGAGGGAGCUAAACAGACUUGUCUAGGUUUUGUGUUCACACUCAAUGAAGUGCAAGAAGUAAAUCUGAAGCAAAAAACAGGCCUUGUAUUUUAAGGUGAUGUCAGUUAAGAAUGUGUAUACAUUCUGAUGUCGUGGAGUUUUUGUUUAAAAAUCUUCAUAUUUUACACUGCAUGGCCUAAUAGAAACAACUCACCUCAAAACCUGGUAUUUAACCAGGUAUUUUGGGAAGUGGUUUUCACUUAGAGAAGACCCUGAGGCUUUUAGAAAAAAGUCUGCUGCCACCUAAGUGACUGUUUUCUUAAUAAAAACAAACAACACACUUAGUUUCACUUUUCUUUGAGGCAGCCUGGUCUAGUUGACAGGCAGGAACUAACUGCAGUUUUUCCUGUGUUACUGAUUUACUCUAACCAAGGGGAAGUCACUUCUCUGUGCCUCAGUUCCCUGUGUGUAAAAAUGAGAGUUAAUACAUGCUUACCUCACUGAGGGUCUGUGAGAAUUAUUUUUUAAAAAGUUAUCGAUUAUAUUUUUUUUUUUCCCUUAAUAUACCUUCAGCCUUAUCUUUGGAAUCCUUUGGAAGGGAUUACUGCAAAAGGUCUUAUGAUCCAUAGGAUAUAAUGGGUGAAAAGAAGUGAACUUAAACAGUAUCUGAAAGGAAUUAUUAUCAGCCAGACAUGAUCUGGGUGGGUGAAUUUAUGGCUGCUUUGAAAUAGAUGUGAGGUCCUCUAUAUUUGCUAUUGGUCCUAAGUUCUGCUGGCUCUUUUUUCAUCUUUCUGUACUUGUUUCCUAAACAUUUUAGUGUCAGGAUGAAAAAGGUGCUGCAAAUGAACGCAGCGUGGAAAUGAUCAAAAUUCUGUUGGUAACAGAGGAUUAUUUAGGUUUGCUCCAGUGACAGAGGGAUAUGGGGAGAGAGUGGAAAGGAACAACAAAGGGGAGUGAAGAGAUAUUUUGCUGGUAGAAGUAAAUCAUAGCACUUCUUUUACACUAAGCAUAUAUUAUUUUACCUGCCUCAAAGGCUUAGAAAACACACUUUAAAGCUGGUAGUGACUGAGAGGAGAGCUGAUGUAGUGCUAGCAUGAAGGAAACUAUAUCUACAUUCGUUGAUUAAAAUUGUGAUUUGGGUUUGGUCAGUGAUGCUAACAUUAUGCUCCAUUGGGCUAAAGUAUAGUGGGGGGUACCCCACCAAAUGGACACCUAGCAUUGAAAGGGGUGCUCUGCAUGUUUAGCUUAUUCUGUGUAUUUUAUCUUGUCCAUCAUACAUACUAAUUUGUGACCUGUUGAUACAGUUGUCUUGAAUGGACUUGAAUCCUGACUAUAUAGAUAUAUGAUAACCAUCUAUUUUGGGUGCUGUACAGUUAAGUGGAACACACACGUUGGGGAAAUCACUAGAACAUGUUUAGGAAGUUACAGUUACUACAAAGUAAAAUUUAGAGCACUUUCUGACUCUCAUACCACACAGGUUAUCUAGAAGCAGCAGUAUAAACUUGUGUACCGCAAACACUCUGGUACAAAUUUUCCACAGAAAAGUACCACUUUCGAUACAUCAUUUUGGGGGGAGGGAGUGGGGUGAUUCUCCAGCUGUUUUGUGGCAAGUUUAACAUGUGGCAGUUUAUAUUCUUUCUUGUAUGUCACUAAAUAAAAUGUACCAAACA